GUCUUCCAUAUCUCAAGUCGAGAAGUUCCAUAUCAUACUAAACAUGGAGAAAGAAGAAAAGAAAUUUGUUAAUAAAGCAGAGGAAGAUGAGAUGGAGAUCUAUGGUUAUGAUCUGUGUCGAUGGAAGUUGGUGUUGGUUACUGUAGGAGUGCUCUGUUCUGGUGGCUUUCUUCUCCUCCUCCUCUACUGGAUGCCUCAGUGGCGUGUGAAAGCAACGUGCAAAAGGACUGCGCUUAAAGACUGUGAAGUGGUUCUGCUGAGAACAACUGAUGAAUUCAAGAUAUGGUUUUGUGCAAAGGUUCGCGUUAUGCCUUCGUUGGGAGCCAGUCCUUUACAGAAUCCUAACCCUAUUGUACACAAGGUUUCAAAUGGCCAUGCUGUUCAUUUCUGUGAAUCUGCUGCGGAAGAGAAUAAAAAUGAUUUGAAAAAAUAUUUGCCUAUUCGUUAUUUCACACAUCACAGCGUGAAGUAUUUCUGGAAUGAUUCAGUUCAGAGUUUUGAUGUUGUACGAGGUCUGGAUGAAUCUACAUUCUGCUCUUCAAUUCAUAAUGAGCACAGCACGGGCCUGACGAAGGGGAUGCAUGAUUACAGAAAAGCAUUCUAUGGAGUAAAUGAAAUUGCUGUGAAAGUGCCUUCCAUUUUUAAGCUUCUGAUUAAGGAGGUUCUCAACCCUUUUUACAUUUUUCAGUUGUUCAGUGUGAUAUUGUGGAUCACUGAUGAAUAUCACUACUAUGCAUUAGCAAUUGUGAUCAUGUCUGUAAUAUCCAUCGUUAGCUCGCUCUACACCAUUAGAAAG